AUGGCUCUCAGCGUGGCCGCCGCUCGGCCGGGCGCGUACCGGUGCCGGGCGGCCAACCCGGAGGGCGAGGCUGCUGGCCGGCCCGUCCACCUCAGCGUCAAGUACGCGCCCGUGUGUGUGUCGGGCCAGAAGAGCCGGUACGGCACGGCCCGGAACGAGGCGGCGCGCGUCACGUGUCAGGUGGAGGCCAGCCCAGCGGAUGUCACCUUUAGGUGGCAGUUCAACAGCUCGGCAGAGACGCUCGACCUGCCAUUCUCACAGAUUGCAUCGCGAGGCGUGGAGAGCCGCGCCUCCUACACGCCCAAGACGGAGCUGGACUACGGCACGCUGCUCUGUACGGCGGAAAACGACAUCGGUCGCAUGGUCAAGCCCUGCGUCUUCAACAUUGUGCCCGCAGGUCCUCCGGAGCCGCUGUGGAACUGCACCGUCAUCAACCAGACGUCCGACUCGCUGGAGGUGAAGUGUGCGACCGGCUUCGACGGCGGUCUGCCACAGUACUUCGUGGCCGAGCUGUUUGACGUGGUUGGCCGGCGGCUGGUGCGCAACCUCACCCGGCCCUUCCCCCACUUCGCGGUGCUGGAGCUGCCGCCGGGGCUGGAGCUGCGGCUCGAGCUGUACGCGGCCAACAGCCGCGGACGCAGCCGAGCCAUCACGCUGGACGGCUUCACGCUAAAGGCGGCCGAGAAGCGCAUCAGCAGCAGCACGGGCCGGAGCGGCGUGCCGUAG